AUGAUUCAGCUGGUAAGGUUUUCCAUGUUGCUACUUUUGGCUCGUUCAGUAACAGAGACAUUUGCAAAGAGGAUUAUCGGGGGCCAGGAGGUUCAGCGAUACUCCAUCAAAUACCAAGCCUCCCUGCAGGAUAACAACAGGGACCACUACUGUGGAGGAACUCUGGUCCACCCACAGUGGGUGGUGUCUGCUGCCCACUGCUGGAGGCCGAGUUCUCUGAUGAGAGUGGUGUUGAGUGAACACAACCUAGCCGUAAACGAGGGUUUUGAGCAGGUCUUCAAUGUCUCCAGGAUAUUUGUCCACAACUAUAACUACAAAACAUUCAACAAUGACAUCAUGCUCAUCAAGCUGAGUGAGCCGGCACAGCUCAAUGCCAACGUCCAGCCGGCCAUGCUGCCUGAUGACAAUACCCCUGAGCUCAUGACUGACACCUGCACAGUGAGCGGCUGGGGUGUGACACAGAUCUACAGUUACUACCUCUCCCCUGUGCUACGUGCUGUGGACGUGCAAAUCAUCCCCUACUGCUACUAUUACUACUGGGGCAGGAUCAGUAAUAACAUGCUGUGUGCUGGAUCCCGACUAGGUGGCAAAGACUCCUGCCAGGGCGACUCAGGUGGUCCCCUCAUCUGCAACGGCCAUUUCGAGGGCAUCGUCUCAUGGGGUAUCAGCUGUGCCAACCCAUACUUCCCCGGGGUCUACACUAAAGUGAGGAACUACGUCAAGUGGAUCGACUGGAUUAUCGAAAAUCACUAA